AUGCCUCCUAAGGGUCGAAAACAGAAACCUGAACUUCAACGGAAUGAAGUUGAUUCAGCAUUAAAUGCUCUAAGAUCUGGUCCAUCUGCUUCUAUUAUAAAGCCACGAAAUGCAAGUAAACCUACUACUCAACCCCUUAAUAUUGACAUCAAUAACAUCGAUAACAAUACUCAAAACUCUCCUUGUGAAAUUGAUUUAGCAUCAGAUGCUUUAAGAUCUGGUCUAUCUACUUCUAUUAUAAAGAAGCCACGAAAUGCAACUUCAACUAAAGAAAAUGAAACAAUGAAAUUAAUAUUAGAAAUAACUAAACAAGUACUUAUGCAAAAUAUGUCAAUUAUAGAAAAACAAGACGCUCUUGAGAGUGUGUUUAAUGUGAGAGGCCAUGAUAAUGAAUGGUGGCAGAAAGGAGCGAUAAAAGGUAUCAAGAAAGCUAUAGAUAAUUGGCUUUAUCCUAACAAUAAAAUAUAUGAACAGGCCAUUCGAAAAGAACUUGAGAUGUUACCGACUGUUAAUUUGGAAAGUUCAGAAUCUGAGAUAAUUACUUGGAAAGCAAGUGAAGAAGUCCAAUGGUGUUUAGAAAACUUGGAUAGUACUGUUGAAGAAGAAGAUAAGACGUAUCUUCAGAUGGUUGCCAAGAAA